UUUGUCUGAUGUCGUUUUCCCCGCUUUUCUGGAAUGGGCAUUACUUUAUUUCCCCCCAGUUCACUAACUGUACAGUAGGUGGCAACAUACACAUUCAAUUUGUGUGAACGAAACAGGAACUUCCGGGCAGGCGCACGCCAUUCUUCAGAUUAAAGAAAGCGCCAGGACUCUGAUGUUAAUAUGAUAACUUUUGUCUCCGUAUUAAAUGUAUGGCUGCAGGACGACUCAGAUUAAUUCUGAGACCGGUAACAUCAACAGUGAGGACAAACCCAGCCUGCCACUCUCCUUCCACACUGAGUCCAAACCUAUAGUCACUGGGUCCUGAUUGUGACAGUGGAGCCCAGUUUGCACUGCAGGAUCCAGAGAUGGCAUCAGUGAAGCUGGAAGACUGCAGUCAAACACUGGAGCUGAAUGUCAACAUUAAAGAUGAAGAAGAGGAGGAGAAGAUUAGGACAACUGUUAAUCAUGGAUACCAUGUUGAGACAUUCUCUACAUCCAGAGAGCAACAGCAGGAAGAUCACAGAGCUAAGAGGUCUCAUCACUGCCCACAUUGUGAAGAGAUUUUCCCAUUUCUGUCAAAGCUAAAAAUACACCUAAUAAUACACACAGGAGAGAAGCCUUACUCCUGCUCUGAUUGUGGAAAAUGCUUCAAAACAUCAACGGUGCUAAAAGUUCAUCAGAAGACUCACACAGGAGAGAAGCCUUUCUUCUGCCCUGACUGUGGUACUAGUUUCUCUCAACUUUCCCGCUUAAAAUCACAUGAACGUAUACAUACAGGGGAGAAGCCAUACUCCUGCUCUGACUGUGGAACUAGUUUCUCUCAACUUUCCAACUUAAAAAGACAUGAACGUAUACAUACAGGGGAGAAGCUAUGCUCCUGCUCUGACUGUGGAAAAUGUUUUAAAACAUCAACUGAUCUAAAAGUUCAUCAGAGAACACACACAGGAGAGAAGCCAUACUCCUGCUCUGACUGUGGAAAAUGUUUUAAAACAUCAAAUGAGCUAAAAGUUCAUCAGAGAACACACACAGGAGAGAAGCCUUUCUUCUGCCCUGACUGUGGAACUAGUUUCUCUAAACUUGACCACUUAAAAUCACAUGAACGAAUACAUACAGGGGAGAAGCCAUACCCCUGCUCUGACUGUGGAAAAUGUUUUAAAACAUCAAAUGAGCUAAAAGUUCAUCAGAGAACACACACAGGAGAGAAGCCUUACGUCUGCUCUGACUGUGGAACUAGUUUCUCUCAACUUUCCAACUUAAAAUCACAUGAACGUAUACAUACAGGGGAGAAGCCAUACUCCUGCUCUGACUGUGGAAAAUGUUUUAAAACAUCAAAUGAGCUAAAAGUUCAUCAGAGAACACACACAGGAGAGAAGCCUUAUUACUGCUCUGACUGUGGAAAAUGUUUUAAAACAUCAAAUGAGCUAAAAGUUCAUCAGAGAACACACACAGGAGAGAAGCCUUACGUCUGCUCUGACUGUGGAACUAGUUUCUCUCAACUUUCCAACUUAAAAUCACAUGAACGUAUACAUACAGGAGAGAAGCCUUACUCCUGCUCUGACUGUGGAAAAUGUUUUAAAACAUCAAAUGAGCUAAAAGGUCAUCAGAGAACACACACAGGAGAGAAGCCUUAUUCCUGCUCUGACUGUGGAAGAUGUUUUAAAGCAUUAAAUGAGCUAAAAGUCCAUCAGAGAACACACACAGGAGAGAAGCCUUACAUCUGCUCUGACUGUGUAAAAUGCUUCAAAACAUCAUCUGAGCUAAAAGUUCAUCAGAGAACACACACAGGAGAGAAGCCUUAUUCCUGCUCUGACUGUGGAAGAUGUUUAAAAACAUCAAAUGAGCUAAAAGUUCAUCAGAGAACACACACAGGAGAGACACCUUACGUCUGCUCUGACUGUAGAAAAUGUUUCACAACAUCAACUCAUCUAAAAGUUCAUCAGAGAACACACACAGGAGAGAAGCCUUAUUCCUGCUCUGACUGUGGAAAAUGUUUUAAAACAUCAAAUGAGCUAAAAGUUCAUCAGAGAACACACACAGGAGAGAAGCCUUUCUUCUGCCCUGACUGUGGAAAAUGCUUUAAAACAUCAACUCAUCUAAAAGUUCAUAAGAGAACACAUACAGGAGAAAAGUCUUACUCCUGUUCUGACUGUGUGGUGAGUUUCUCCCGACUGGAUACCUUAAAAACACAUCAACGUAUACAUACAGGAGAGAAGCCUUAUGUCUGCUCUGAAUGUGGAAAAUGUUUUAAAACUUCAAAUGAGCUAAAAGUUCAUCAGAGAACACACGCACGAGAGAAGCCUUACGUCUGCUCUCACUGUGGGGUGAGUUUCUCUCACCAUAGCAACGUAACACACCAAUGUAUACACACGGGAGAAGCCUUACUCCUGCUCUGUGGAGGGGUGGGCGUGUAAGUCAAACGUCUAGCCAAAGACUGCGUGUUUGAAUCUCAUCAAGGUGGACUUUUGCAUUUUAGCUAAUUAGCAACUUUGCAACUACUUACUACUUUUUAGCUAUUACUUAGCAUGUUGGAAUUCGUAACAUAUCAUACAUAUUACAAGUUCGUAAGAUAAUGUAUGAAUAGCAAUGCGUAAAAUAACAUACGAAUUGUAAUUCAUUUAAUACCAUACGUCCUACAAGUCGUAUUAUACUGAACAACAAUCUAAAUUAAACAAUUUCAAAGACUUACAGUUCGCAUAAGGAAAUCAGUCAAUUGAAAUAGGGGGGGCUCAGCCAUGGGUGGGACUUGGGAGGGCAUAGGCCCACUUGGGAGCCAGGCCCAGCCAAUCAGCAUGAGUUUUAUUACAGACAGAAAUACUACUCAGCCCCCC